AUGGCAAGUGCACCUGCUGAAAUUCCUAUAAGCUUUGGACAUGAUUUGAGGGCUUGUCUUCGUUGCCGACUUGUCAAAACCUACGAUCAGUUUAGAAGGUCAGGUUGUGAGAACUGCCCAUUUUUAGAGAUGGAUGAAGAACGCGCGGCUGAAUGCACUACCCCCAAUUUUAAUGGGAUCAUUUCAGUAAUGGAUCCAACUCGAAGUUGGGCUGCCCGGUGGUUGCGCAUUGGAAAAUUUGUUCCUGGUGUUUACACUCUUGCUGUCUCAGAAGCUCUUCCAGAAGAGAUGCAGGCAAUUUGUGCAGAUAAGCAUGUGCAGUAUAUGCCUCCCAGACGUUAG